AUGGUGACGGAAAGAUGGGCUAUCAGCCCAAUGCUGCUGUUCUCAACGGGAUUGCUCGUUCUCUCAGCCUUCAAUUAUGGUCUGAGUGAUCAGGCUUUCUCUUCGUGUCAGGCUAUGGACUCGUUCAUUAACCAAUUCGGAAAGUACAACGCUAAGAAGGGUGAAUAUGCUAUCCCGGCUUUGGAUACCUCUCUAUACAACAGUCUGAAGGCUGCUGGUCAGAUCAUUGGUGUCUUCAUCGGCGGAUAUGUGAGCAACAAAUGGGGACGCCGAAUGUGUAUCUUCACAAUGAGCGUCUAUGCACUUGGCAGCGCCUCGGUGGUCGUUAGUUCGACUACCCAGGCACAACUCCAGACAGCCAGAGCCCUGCACUAUAUCUACCUUGGUAUGCAAUUGGCCGUUAUCCCCACCUUCCUAGCCGAAUUGGCACCCGCCAAGAACCGCGGUGGAAUGGGUGUCCUAUACUGGCUAAGCAUCAAGGCCGGAGGCCUCUUCAUCACUGGCAUCGCACGCGCAACCAAGAAAAUGCCUACAAACGCUGCCUGGCGAAUCCCCUUCGGCCUGAUCCUUGUAGUUCCCUUCGUGGUCAUCUGCUUGGUCUGGUUCAUUCCCGAGUCUCCUCGUUGGUAUCUGCUCCGUGACCGUCAGGAUGAAGCUCUUCGCUCCCUUAUCCGUCUCAAGAACAAGAACACAUCCGACGAGGAGAUCCAGGAGCGAUACGAGGUUCUUUCGAUGAAGGUUUCUGAACAGCUGCAGAAGAAGUCGUUCAAGGAUCUGUUUACCAAGCAGAACAGACAGCGCACUUUUAUUGUUUCUGCCGCCAAUUUCUUCCAGCAGGCGACUGGUCAGGCUUUUGCUUCGCAGUACGGAACUUUGUUCGUUAAGCAGUUGAACUCGAUCAAUCCUUUCAGCGUUACCCUUGGUACCAAUGCUGUUGAUAUUGGUGCGAUUAUCAUUUCUGCGUCAUUGAUUGAUGUUGUUGGUCGUCGCAUGUUGUUCCACACUAGUUCUGCUUUCCAAACAAUCUCUCUGAUGACAAUGGGUGGUCUUGGAACCGCAGAUUCAAGCAACGUCGAUGCCAAGAAGGGCAUCGUGGCCAUGCUGCUUCUUUUCAGCUUCAGUUGGUCCCUUGGCUGGGCUCCUUUGACCUACGUUAUCGGAGCUGAACUUCCAUCCUCUCCGUUGCGUGAGAUGACGCUACAAAUCGCUUAUACCGUUAAGCUUAUCACUGAAUUCGCUGUCACUUUCACAUAUCCUUACAUGGAGACUGCCGAUACCCCACACCACGUUGAUAUCGGUGGUAAAUUGGGCUUUAUCUACGGUUCGCUCUCAGCUGUGGCUUUCGUUUUCGGAUGGUUCUUCAUCCCCGAGACGAAGCAAUUGGAGAUCGAAGAAAUUGACAUGCAAUAUGAAAAGAAGGCGUGCAAGUUUGAGGAUAUUGAGGACUUGGCUGACGAAAAACAGGCCAACGUCACUGAAGUCUCCAAGUAA